UUCUUCCCAGCGAUCGAGAAAGAAGUGCAAUUCACAGUUUCUCUAAAUUAUCAAGAAAAUUUCAAGAAAAUUUUACAAGAAUAGACAUGGCUGACGUUGAGUGUUGCGGAAAGUGCAGUGGCAGCCGUGCCACUUGUAAAAUGGACUGUGAGUGUCCACAGUGCAAAUGUUGUGACUGCUCCGGUAAAUCCUGCUGCGCCGUAGCAGGCAAGGUGUGCAAAACUGGCUGUCCCGAUUGCCCCACUGCCGCGUGCUGCUGUAAGCGCUUGUGUGAAUGCACGGGCAAAGGCUGUUGCACUGAGUCGGGUUGUACGGUAGGCUGCAAGCUUUGCUCUGGACCCAAGGGUUGUUUGUGUUGUAAAUGCACUGGAAAAGAAUGCUGCACGGCCGAGGGCUGCUCGGUUGGCUGCAAGUUGUGCUCUGGACCCAAGGGUUGUAUGUGCUGUACUUGCACUGGCAAAGGAUGCUGCACCGAUGAGGGUUGUUCAGUGGGCUGUAAGCUGUGUUGUGGACCUGGAGGAUGCUGCUGCUGCAAGUGCACUGGCAAAGGUUGCUGCACCCCCGAGGGUUGCUCAGUUGGCUGCAAGCUUUGCUCUGGAUCCAAGGGUUGUAUGUGCUGCAAGUGCACCGGCAAAGGAUGCUGCACCUCUGAGGGAUGUUCAGUUGGAUGCAGGCUGUGCUCGGGACCCAAGGGUUGCAUGUGCUGCAAGUGUACGUCUAAGGGAUGCUGCACCGCUGAGGGUUGUUCCGUGGGCUGUAAGUUGUGCUGUGGACCAAAAGGGUGCAUGUGUUGCAAGUGCACUGGCAAGGGAUGCUGCACCCCCGAGGGUUGCUCGGUAGGCUGCAAAUUAUGCUCUGGACCCAAGGGUUGUAUGUGCUGUAAGUGUACCGGCAAGGGAUGCUGUACCGCCGAGGGAUGUUCCGUUGGCUGCAAGUUGUGCUGUGGACCCAAAGGUUGUGUGUGCUGCAAGUGCACUGGCAAGGGAUGCUGCACCCCCGAGGGUUGCUCGGUAGGCUGCAAGUUGUGCUCUGGACCCAAGGGUUGCAUGUGUUGUAAGUGCACCGGCAAGGGAUGCUGCACCCCCGAGGGUUGUUCUGUGGGCUGCAAAUUGUGUUGUGGACCAAAGGGUUGCAUGUGCUGCAAAUGCACUGGCAAGGGAUGCUGCACCCCCGAGGGUUGUUCAGUUGGCUGUAAGCUGUGUUCCGGAUCCAAAGGUUGCAUGUGCUGCAAGUGUACUGGCAAAGGAUGUUGCACAGCCGAGGGUUGUUCAGUGGGCUGCAAGUUGUGUUGUGGACCAAAAGGUUGCUUGUGUUGCAAGUGCACCGGCAAGGGAUGCUGCACCCCCGAGGGUUGUUCCGUAGGCUGCAAGUUGUGCUCUGGACCCAAGGUUGCAUGUGCUGCAAGUGCACCGGCGACGGAUGUUGCACCGCCGAAGGUUGCUCAGCGGGCUGCAAGUUGUGCUCUGGACCCAAAGGGUGCAUGUGUUGUAAGUGCACCGACAAGGACUGCUGUACCGCCGAGGGAUGUUCAGUAGGCUGCAAGUUGUGCUCUGGCCACAAGGGUUGCGUGUGCUGUAAGUGCACCGGGAAGGAAUGCUGCACCGCCGAGGGGUGUCCAGUUGGCUGCAAGAAGUGCUCUGGACCCAAGGGCUGUGUUUGCAA